GAAAAUACCAUUAGAAAAGAUUACCACUGUAAAUGUACCGUUGGAGUUCCACAACAGCAUUGUCAAUUGUUUAAAAAAACACGGUUUUAUGUAGGUUGUGUAGAACAUACACAAUCAUGUAAAGUGCACUGUAAUGUAAUGCCAUUUUUAUUAUUAAAUUCAGCACUGAGCCUUGACAUCGAUCACUUUGUGAACCCAUAUUUCCAAUCACCCAUAUACUGUAUACAUGCAGUACAUGCCUCUUUUGCAUCACAAAGAACGGUCUAAUACUUAAAACGUUUACACACCGCGAUUUGUUGGCGCGACAUUUUGUUUCGUUCAAUUUAAUACGAACAUUUUUGGUUCUUUGCCAUGCUGACAUUUCCAACUUUAUUUUCAAAUAUCACUGACGUGUAUCUAAAAUCGGUCCCACAAAUUGUAACAUGUAAUCGAAUCUUUAGACCCUCCCCCAUUAUGCUAUUUUUACAAUUAAAAAAGGUAUAGUCUGUGCAUUCAAUUCAUGCAUGAUACAAUAAUAUAUACAAGCAUAUGAGAAGGACGAAUACAGCAUGUGGAGGUCCUUCCUAUACAUCAAUCAAGAAAUUCAAUUUCCGUCCCACUCAAGUGCGCACUCAUUAAUCCAAACUAUUGUUUUGGUCAUGCUUUUAAUGAGUUCUCGCUUAAACUUUGGACUCUCUUUGCAUUUGGACCAGAUCUAGACAGCAAAAUGUUUAACCUAGUAGCUUAAAAUAUAGAAAAAUAUGUAAAAAGAACAAUAAGAUAGAAGUUUUUAUACGUGUAGUAUGUCAAUCCACUUUCAAUAUUGAGAUCAGAAAUCUACAAAAAAUUUAGCGUCAAAAUUACAUGUAUAAACACACUUAUAUCUCCUUACGGUUUUCAGAUAUGGAUUUUAGUUUUGGACACGUCAAUCUAAAUGUCCAUUAGGCCACAUAAACAAAAUAGUUGGUUAUGUAGUAUUUCUGUUGACUGUAGUCAAUUGUGUUAAUAAGUUACGAAAUUGCGUGCGAAAAUGAUGGUAUGAAUCAUAUUUUGAAAUGUAUAAAAUAUAUCUGUACUGCGCAAGAAAAUCCAGUUUCAGACCUAAAACCAAGGCAUUAAAAAUUAGUAAUAAUUAAAAAAAAGCGUCCGCCCGCUCACUUUUUGGCAAAAGCUAAGGACGCUAACCAACUAUUUUGUUUUAAGUGGCCUUAGAUAGUUUUUGUUGAAAUAGGACCACUAAAUACGUCAAACAUUGUCUAUUUUAAAGGUUCUUAUUUUAUAAUCGGAGGUUUAAGUAUGUGUUUGUUUGUGAUGGUUUAGAUUCCCAAUGCAAUGAAAUCGCUUUUUACCAACAUCACAUUCACAAGGUUGCACCCUAUUGUGCGUUCUUUUAUGGCGAAGUAUAUUCGAUGGAUCCGGCAAUCGUCUGUUGCAAACAUCACAUUGAUAACAUUUAUCUUUGUUGUGUGUUAGUUUAUGCCUUUUCGGGCUAUCGCCUCGGGCAAAUCGUUUCUGGCAAACAUUGCACUGAUAAGGUUUCACUCCAAUGUGUGCCUUUUUGUGUCGCUCUGCAGACUUUAUGGUGGAAAAUCUUUUAUUACUACAAACAUCACAUUCAUAAGGUUUGACUUCAGGACCUGGUGCCGUUCUUUUAUUCGUUGUUCCUGAAUUAACAAAUGAAUACUGUAUUUAAAAGCUUCAAAACAAUCUCAAAACAAGUCAAUCAAUUUCAAUGAAUGCCAAAUCAGUUCAACACUAAUUUAAUUUCCAAAACAGCAUUCAUUAGGCUAUAUAAAAUAAAUUCCUUGAUUCUCAUCACAGCCCAACGAUAUUUCAACUUCCACAUUGAUAUAUUUUUGUAUUUUGUUAUAAAAUAUAAAUUUACCGCCCCGACCGACCACCUAGAGAUUUAUUUAUUUUUUAUAAUUGAAUUUUUGCGAUAAAAUUGUUUAAUCGCCAUGGGCUUAUUACAACAAUUUGUGUGUACCCAUUAAUGCAUGUGCAAUUCUUCACUCAGUAUAGCAGUAUUAAUCUUCUAUUCUUGGGUUUCACUACAGCAUUAUGCAGUGAAUCUGACGGUGGUCAACCUCAAAUGUAUUGAUGCUUAUGCUGUACUGGAGUGAAAAAAAUGAUACGAAAUUCUGUGUAUUUACCACCAAACACAAGGCUAAUACAUAAAACGAACAAUCGACUCACUCUGAUAACUGUAUUUUGUUUUAGAGUUGACCCCCCCCCCCCCAUCACUUUUGUGACGUCAUAUAAAACCCAAGAAUAAUCAGCUUGAACUUUUCCCAAAAUUAAGGUUAUGUCUUAAUUGUAACAAGACGCUCUGUGGAGUGUUAACUCGCUGGGAUAUACACAACUGAUGCACAUUACUGUUAAGAUCUAAAGGCUGAUUUCCACUGUUGCGUUUUUGGUACGCACAUACACGCACGUAACACUUUGAAUCCUUCUAUUUUUAAAUAUUUUACAAAUAAGUUAACAAAUUCAUACUAAAACUUGCGAAGCAGUAAAUUCUGUUGCUUUAUUUGUUUGGUUAUUUUACAGAUUUAAAGUUUUACGUGCGUAUAUUAAGCCUGGUGUGGAAAUUAAGCCUGGCCUGGAGCUAAGGGGAAACUUCCGGCAUUUAUGCCUACAAGUAAAGUUAUGUUUUAUAGUACGCUACAUUCUUCUGUUGGCCGCCAGUUUAAAGCGUUCAAAAUAAAAUAUUUGGGGGCUUUUGGGCUCAAAAUAUUAUGUAAAUGAAGAGAGAAGUGAGACGAAUCCACUGGUGUACGGCCGAAAAAGAGAAAACCAAUGAUACCAAAGUUAUCAAGGUCAAGGAUCAAACGUACUGCAUCUUUUAUAAUUUGAGAGAUUUGUCAACAAAUAAUACAAUUUCGCUUGGCUUUCAAAGGCAAAGUCAAAGGCCAUAAAUCGCUAGAAUACUGUUGUCAGUUGUUUAGUAAUACAUUAUUUGACAUCCAUAGGUACAAUUUCUCAUCCGUAAGUACAAUUUCUUACGCUGAAUCCUCUGCGCUGAAUCGAACGGUGGUAUUUUUAUUUUUAUUGCGCCAUUAAUUAGGCAAUACAAAUACAAAUACAAGGACAAACGUACUGCGAGUGCUUUGAUGUCAACAAUGCAAUUUCGCUUGAUUUUCAAAGGCCAUAAAUCGCUAGAAUACUGAUGUUUAGUAAUACAUUUGACAUCCGUAAGUACAACUUCUUACGCUGAAUCGAACGGUGGUAUUUUUAUCCUUAUUGCACCAUUAAGAGGCAUUUAUAGGCUACAAAUACAAUAUCAUAUUUCACACUGAGUACACUACAGUCUACAGACAGUUUUCACGGACUGUUGUUCGAUAAAUUUUAUAUUGAUAUGACACCAAUGUGCUUCUCAUAAAGUAGUUAUAACUUGAACUGCACAACGUAGUUUUAAUAAAUAACGUUUUACCUUGAAAUUGUCUUUGGCUCGUUUAUAUUCAGAUUCAGUAUAUUAUGAUCGUGCACGGGAAUUCAACGAUCCAAAUUUCGGAUUUUCAGAGUCGUACACCAAGGAAAACGCAUUAAAUAAACUAGCAUGAAUGUCCAAAGUUAGACACAAUGCAAAAUCCAUUUUCACGAAAUGGGGCCCGGAAUUGUUUGAAACAUUUUGCCCACCCCACGAAAGGCCCCGCCAUUUUGAAAAGGAUCAAGCGGCUCAUUAAUAUUCUAUUUUGUGACUAUCGACGAUUGGAGAUUCACCACAAAUGCUUGCCGAAACUUAUACUCGCCCGGGGCACAAGUGCCCCAGCGAGUAAAAAGCGUUCAAAUUAAGACAUUGCCUUAAUUUGAACUCUAACCCCACCCAACCCCCUAACCCUAAUCUAAUCUUAAUCUCACCCUAAUCCUAAUCUAAAUCUGAUGACCCUUUUCUUUCUUUAAAUCUAAAUCUGACGACUUUUUUUAAAUAUUCCCACCACAUAGCCUUACUUUUGAGAAGAUAUCAUGUUGAGAAUAAUGUAUUAUUAAAGGCCAAAUAUAAAAAACCCUUCUCUCCAAUUUUUUGUAUUUCAUAUAAAACAUAAACCUCCCGCCUCCUGGGUGUUUUUAAAAUUUAGAAAUCAAGGAAUCAAAGGCAUCACAAACACAACAGAACGGAAUCUUCUUACGGAAUUUCUGACAGUUUGCAAACAACCAGUGCUUCCAUUUUCAAAAAACAUAAUUUCUUUCCAACUGUUCGAAAUUUCCUUAUUUUUGAAAAAAUUUUCUUGCAAUAAAGAUCAUUGAAUUUUACCUCAUUUAAAACUGAUUUUAUAGUAAUUUAUCUCGAAUAACGGGCUAUUUCUUGUUGUAGAAGGAACAUGGACGUUGCAGGAGCGGAAUUACCAAAGGGGAGUGACAAAUAGUUUACCUAGAUUAACACAAAGGAGAAUAAGCAGGGGGGACUGGGGGUCCUCCCCCAGUAAGUUUUCAGAUUUUGCAUCUCGCAGAUCGAACAGGAUUUUCAGCAUAUUUUGAAGCGCAUUUCCUUGGAAAUUGCCGUAUUUUAGGAUUUUUUAGAAAUAAGGCAAUUUCAUUCAAUCUUCCGAAAUUUCCUUCAAAUUUCCUUCAGAUUCGAAUUUCCUUAUAAUUUCCUUCAACUAAAAUCGACUAGAUUAUUGACUAGUUAUUAAAAUUUCCUUCAAAAAGGAAUGAGCCUGCGAUUCUUUCCGAGGAUCACAGGCUCGGAGAAUUGACGGUGUUCAAUUUGAUCAAUUUCUAAAGUUGUUUCUUUCUGGAUUUUUUAUUAAUUUGGUUAGGGUUAGGGUUGCGGUUAGGGUUAGAGUAGGGAUAGAGUUUGGGUUAGUUACAUAGCCAUUUAACACGUCGUUCAUCUUCUGAAAAUGACGUCACGUCAACAGGUGGGAAAUUUGUCUGCGCAUGCGCUACAUUUUGCGCGGUUUAAGAGAAAGAGACUUGGGGCAAGUAAAUACAGUAAUUUGAUUUUUGAGCGUUUUUUUCGUUUUUGUCUUGUUUCUUUCUGCAAACCAAAAAAUUGUUAAUCCAUUGCAUUGUUGGGAAGGCAAGGAAGGUAUGAGAACGUUCACAGGCUAAAAAUAUUUGUAAAAUUGCAAGUUUUGCUUAACCUUAUAUAUUGGAACUGCCUCGAAUUCCGAUGGAAAUGUCCGAUGGAAAUGUCCCAUAAUUCUUACUAUUCCGUAUUUUUAGAUGAAUCAAUUAUCUCCCAAAAACAAAGUAUAUGUUUUAAGGAGUAAUUUAAACCAUAUUUGGUUUUGAGGCUCUCAGCUAGAUUUUAAAAUAUUUUAAUUUUUUUUUAUUUCAUUGUGCUAACCUUUACCCCCAUAAAUCACCCCGUAUUAAAUUGGAGAGAGACGGAAACGUAUUUGCAUGAUUUCAAAACUGCUCAUAGUUUUCUGAAUCAAUAGACUCUAAUCUUUCAACAAAUAUGCUUUUACGAACAGGAUUAGCAAACACAAUUAAGACCAUCAUGAAGAUUAAUCCUCACAAAGCUUCGGGAAUUGACAAAAUCAGUGCCCGUCUUUUACGUAUUGUUGCACCAGUUAUUGCUCCAAGUAUUACUCGAAUAAUCAAUAUGUCGCUCUCCACAGGCAAGUUUCCUUCGCGUUGGAAAACAGCCAUGGUUACACCCUUAUACAAGAAAGGUACUGAAUGCGACCCGAGUAACUAUCGCCCGAUUUCGGUUUUGCCGAUACUGUCCAAGGUCAUCGAGCGUCAUUUUCACGACUCACUAUAUGCUUUCCUCAACGAAAACAACCUUAGCUAUACUAGACAAUCUGGCUUUCGGAGAGGUCAUAGUACUGAAACCACACUUAUUAAGAUCAUCGAUGAACUCUUAUUUAACCUGGACAAAGAUAAGGUAUCCGGUAUGGUACUGAUUGACUACUGUAAAGCGUUUGAUAUGGUUGACCAUGAACUUUUGUUAAAGAAAUUAGAGGUCUAUGGUAUUGUUAACCACGAACUGCAAUGGUGUCAGUCUUACUUACUAAACAGGAAGCAAGUUGUUCGUUUGGGUGGAAAAAUGUCAAGUGAGGUAGUUAUGAAAUACGGGGUCCCUCAAGGCAGUAUUCUGGGUCCGCUGUUCUUCAUAUUAUUCAUCAAUGAUUUACCACUACAU